AUGCGAGAACUGCGUACGCGCGAAGAUCCGAUGCACGCGGACUCCCUCGUCCCCAAUCUGCGAUCGCUCAAGUCCGCAGGCUCCCUGCUAAACGGUCAAGGUAAGGCGCCAGCAGUCUAUCAUGGGAGCGUCGACGCGGACUCGAUAGCUAACGUAAUGGGUAUCUUCAACCCAAUUAGCCGCAUUGAUCAUCUAGAAAGCAAAGUGGAUCUGAUCCUGGGCCAAAUCCACGGUGUCAACCUCCAGCAACGUCCAGAGGUUUCACCAAAUGAAUCCCAAAGAAGUGGCGAAUCUCAGGGACUUGAUGCUCUCGAUGUCAUUGGCAGAGGCAUCGUCGGCUCUGCAGAGGCUGAUGUGUUGCUGGGUUAUUGGCAAAGGGAAGUGGCCCCUGGGUUCCCUUUUGUGGUUAUACCAGACAAUGCUACCGUCGAAGACUUGAGAUCGGAAAAGCCAUUCCUGUUGCUGUCGGUUCUUUUUAUGACCUCGUACCAAGACAUCGCUUUAAACGCGGCGUUGGACGAGGUCAUCAAAUCCUAUGUUGGGGGCACGGUGGCACAAGGCACGUGGAAUCGCGAUAAUUCCCAUGACCUUCUGCAAGGGCUGCUUGUAAUAAUCGCUGGAUCAAAGACACUCAUUCACCUGACACGUCUUGGCUAUUACCGGCAACUAGCAGUCGCUGUCAUUUAUGAAUUAAGGAUUGAUCGUGCACCUAAAAUCCGAAGCCUCGAAUCGCGAAUCAACAUUGUAGAAGAUGUAGACAGUCCCAGGACUUUACAGGGGAUUGCUAACGCUGAAAGCCGCCUGUUGAUCGGGUUUUAUGUGAUUCAGUCAAUCCUCGCCACCUCUGGUAUUGCACAGGGCAGCGGCUUCCACGGAGAACUCGACCGACAUGUCCAUGCAUUCAGAGCCGAAGUGGAAGAAUACAAAGCACAGCUUCCUUUCCCUAUUAAUGCAGAUUACCUCAUUGCUGCACAGUAUUGUGCCUUAGAGCUCCAUUUGUGCCAUAUUAGUCUUUUCGACCCUGACCCGAAUACCGCAUCGACCAGUGACUCGCUUCUCGUUUCGAAAAUUGACACUCUUUGUCAUGGCUUGGCCGCUGCAAAUCAGUUCUUUGACUACUAUGCAGAAACUACGCCAUUAGGGCAAGAACGUGGCUUUACCUAUGUGCAAUGGAUGCAGACUGGGCUUAUCAUUGCAGUGGCUUGCAAGCUUACACUCGCAGCCCUUGAUCCAUCUUUGCGACAGAAUACACACCUCCAGAAACUUCGGGAAGCUCUUGACUUUGCGGGCAGGUUGCGACUUUUCCAGAUGAGACUGACUCAUAUUGACCGACCGGAUACCAGUCUGCCAGAGCACAAACGGAAGCACGCGCCUUCCCACUACGAAAACUGGCUGAACUGUGUUGCGGAGUGGUUUGAAGGCAAAUACCGGGCUGCUCUUGCGGAUCCUAUGGCUGGGAUCACGAGCACUAUGUCGAACCCCAUGGAGGAUUCGCAAUAUGCGGAUGGCAGCGUUGAUGCAGGUGCCCAGCUUGAUCAGAAUCUUUUCUGGAUGGAACUUCAGGAUAUGUCGAUUGAAGAGAUCUUGAGCUGGAUGGGGCCAAUGGAUUUCGCAGCUUGA